UUAGUUUAUAAAUUUUACAAUGGAUAAAAACAAGAAAUUCCAAGAGUUAUUUGCACAAUACAAGCUUGCAUUUCCUGAAUUGAAACCUGGAAAAUCACAACAGAUUGCAAGUGAUUUUUGGAAUGAUGUGAAAACCAGUGACAAUUUUGAAAAAAAGGUCGAUCAAAAAAUACGUGAUUUAUGUCUUCUAGCGAAAAGAAGAGAAGCACACUUGAUUCAUUCUGGAUAAUGAAUACACAAAAUCAAAAUGCAACAAAAUCUUCAGAUUGUUCGAAUGUGAAUAGUAACGAAGCCAAAACAAGUGAGGCAUCAUCUUCAAACGAAACCAACAACCUUUGCCAGGAUGAGCAUAAUAAAAAGACAGGCAAACCAAAAUUUAAAACACCUGCACAAGAUAAAUUAUCUCAAGAAAUCAUAAUUUUGGAAAGUGAAGUGCAAACACUGAAAAAGAAGCAAAACGCGAAUUUGCUGAAAGAAGGAGAAGCAAAAGAGUUGAAAGAAAAGAGGGACUUACUGGAAGAAAAGAUAAGUAAAUUAGAAAAAUUAAAGAAAGAACGAGAACGUGCACAAAAAAACAGAUCUAACUUUAAAAGAAAAAUUGCUCAAAUUUCCGAAAGUGACAAGUCUGCAUCGCCUUUGAUAAGAGAAAAGAAAGGAAGACCUACCGUUGAGGAAAAUCAGCCUGAUCUCUUCAAAACUAUUAUUGAAAUUGCGACUUAUGGAAGUGCAGCUGAUCCAAAGCGCAGAACAGAAACGAUUCGUUCUAUUAAAACAUUAGACGAAUUAACUAAUGUUUUGAAAACUCAAUAUGGUUAUAAUAUAAGUAGAUCUGGCGUUUAUUUACGAUUAUUACCACGACAAUUCAAUUCAAGAGAAGGAAAACGACAUAUUCAAACAGUUCCAGUGAAACUGAUGAAAGCACAAAAUGAAACUCACAAAACCCAUGUGGAUUCCAAGUUUGCAGCUGCAACUAUACAAAAUUUAGAACUGUUGGCAUCAAUUUUGGGUCCAAAUGAGGUUUUUUUCAUAAGUCAGGAUGAUAAAUCUCGAGUGCCGAUUGGGAUAACUGCUGCAAACAAGCAAUCACCAUUACUGAUGCAUGUAGAAUAUCGUGUUAAAUUACCGGACCACGACUGGGUAGUAGCUCCAUCUCACAAGCUCAUUCCUUCCGUGUACGCUCUCAUCAACAUUGAAAAUAAUCAAAUACAAAAAAAAAGUGCAGUGACAUACUCGGGACCGACUUAUAUAACUAUAAGAUCUGCUAAGCAUUCAUCGUCGACUGCCUAUUCGCAUGCAGCAGAUAUUGAACAUAUUUUCGAACUGCCUGCUUUUACUGGAUUUUUGAAACAAAAUGAUGAUUCAGUCAAACCUGUGGGGAUUUUCACUGUAGACGGAGGCCCCGAUGAAAACCCACGGUACAUUAAAGUCAUCCAAAUAGCUAUCCAUCAUUUCAUAACGAAAAACCUCGACGCAUUAUUUAUAGCCUGUAAUGCUCCUGGAAGAAGCGCGUACAAUCGAGUCGAAAGACGCAUGGCACCGUUGAGUAGAGAGCUAAGUGGCGUGAUUCUUCCGCACGAUCAUUUUGGUAGUCAUCUAAACAAUAGAGGUGAAACGAUUGAUAAAGUUCUCGAAGAAAAAAAUUUUGCAGAAGCAGGAAAGGUAUUAGCGGAAAUAUGGUCUGAUGUAGAAAUUGACAAGUUUCCAGUUAUGAGUCAAUACAUUCACCCGGAAAACUCGGAACUGUGUUCUUCACAAAUUCGAGAAAAAGAUCUGACUUGGCAAGCUAAGCACGUGAGAAACAGCCAAUAUCUACUGCAAAUCGUUAAGUGUAACGAUGAAUCCUGUUGUUCUAAAUUUCGGAGUUCAAUUCUUAAGCUUGUGCCUAACAGAUUUUUAUCAGCGCCUGUGCCCAUAGCACAAACUGAUGAUGGUCUUGAUAUUAAUCAACCACGAGGAACUUUUCCAUCAUUAUUUUUAUCUCAAACGCUGGAGCCAAUUGUAAAAGCUGCUGUUAAACAAAAAAUAGGGUUGAACUCCAUCACAGAAAUACCAUACGAUGCAGCAUGCCCAUCGGUAGAAGGUGAUAUUAAACGCAAAAUCUGUCCUACUUGUGGUAUAUAUUUUGCAUCUUUAACUUGUUUGAAAGAUCACAAAAAAAUAUGCAAAUCUCCUUUGCAAAUCAACAAAGUAAGACCAGUUCGUGUAGCAGCUCGUCGAGAGAAAGAACUUUUGGUUAUCCUCCGAAACCAGGAAAGCGAAGAUCAUGCAGAGUGGAUCGAAGAUGAUCUCGUUGAUGAAGAAAAUCUUAAUUUUUCAUCAGUCGCAGACGAGAGUAACGCUGAAUUGGUGUCUCUCGAAAAGCAUUUGGAAUGUCCUUGGGAAAAUACUGUAGAUUAAUAAAAAAAUUGAUUGAAAAAUUGAAGUUUGAUUGUGGGAAAGUAUUAUGUUGAUCCGAUAAGAUUGUUUUAUUUAUUGAUUCAAAGAUAAAGUUGGG